CAAUUAAUCGAAUUUUUUUCCCAAUACCCAGGGGAGCUUUGUAACAGCACAUGCGUUGUAAACCAAGGUCGUCUCGAAGCCAGAAAUUGGAAGAAAUAUUCCCUGCAUCAUUUCCGCCGACAUUUUACAGGUUUGUUUACAAGUUUGCAAUGCGAAGUCUCUUGUGACCGGAGAUCAGAAUAGCAGCGACACUCAUAGCGCUGUCUGUGAAAGAUAACAGCUUGGUGACUUGUGAUUGUAGAUGCGAGCUCUCACGUCCAUCACGUUGAGUAACUAAGUCACUUGAACCGAAACCGCAUUAGCAUCCUUUACAUAACCUUCCAUUUUUGUAAAGAUUCGUAUGACUUUCCAUAUUUACCAAGAGGUAUUUGAGCUCUGGUUGGAUUUUAACCUGAAUUGUUCAUUCUCCAUGCAUCGGAUCGCUUAUGCGGGAAACAGACUUAGAAGGAAAUCUUUUCACAUGGAGUAGAAGCCGACGACAUUUUAUACGCGACUGCCGGUUAUUUUCAGUGUUGUUUUCUUCUUUACACAUCUUUGUGAUCUUAAACCUUUUCGUCACGGCUGCAGGACUGGUUGUUGGCAACGAGGCAGGCACUAAAUCUCUCAAUUGUUGCGGAAUGCGUAUAAAUACUUCUAAAUGCUGGACUAGCCUCGCGUGUGCUUGCAGAAAUGAGUGUGUCGACGCGAACAUCGCAUCUAAACAUCAAUACUACCGAUUGGAAUUUUGUUCGUCUUUUCCACUAACUGAGGUAUUGAGUGGCAGAUUUCGAAAAAACCAAACCGUUUCUCCUAAGGAAUUAAAGGAGCUGGAAAAGGCGGACUGUAAGGCGAAAGCUACGUACAAGAGUUUUGAGGAAAUUCUCAAGCGCAUCGAUUGCGGAGAAAAUUGGAAGGAAAACACGUAUUCCGCCACGUCAACUUGCCAAGACUGCAUGGUGAGUACUUUAAACGUAAAUUUACAUCAUAUUCUUCCUUAAUGAAGGAUGCACAUGUUAAAUUAUUGCUUUGCUGUUUAUUUUGUAUGGCGCGCGCAGUGUGUAUCCGAGACACAAAUGACUGUUGGAGUUGACUACAACGAUUCCUUUGCCACAUAAGGCGGGUUUCUGUUUAUCGUGAUUGUGCCGGGUUUUUACUGUCAUUAAACACUUUUGAAACAAACACACAAGAAAGUACUCUCUUUAAGACUUUUGUGGCCUAAGUUAGGGCACUUAGUUCACAGCGAUCAUUAGGUAAAGAGCUUUUCUGUCGCGAAAUAAAUCAAAUUCUUUGGUUGGGAGAUUUGAAAAAGCUGCAGUGUUAUAACUUUUGUUUACAAUCUGAUGUCGUUUCGCCCUUCAUUGUUAAUGAACAUCCGAGCGUAAAAAUCAGUUCGACUCUUGUCUUUACAACAAUGACAUGAGCCAGAAUUUCAUGGCAUGGUAAAUUCAAGUAGCUCCGCAGAGAAUUAAACGCAACAAACAAGCGGCCUUUUACGGACUGUAACGAUAAAUUAAAAUGUCAGAUUGCCGUUUUAUGUCUUUGUCUUAAUUUUUCUCUCCAACCAGGAAUAAACCAGCGAAACAGCUGGACGGGAAGGCUUUUUUUUCUGUAUAUAAAUCAUCUAAUUUUCCAUUGGAACCUUUUUGUAUUAUGCGGAACAAAGUAAGGUGACACACGCGAUUUAACAAUGACAAAAUUACAGAACCUAAAACAAGUCGAUAUUUCUUGAUCUACAACAGUAGUUAUCAAACCAAAUUACCUUUUUAGUUUUAGACCAGUGCAAUGUAAGUAGAGCGACUUCACAUCAAUGUACACGGUAAUUUAUCUUUAUCUUAACUCUCUUUCUAAUAUUUUGAUUCGCUCUUUGAUUGCGUGUAGAAUGGAGUCUCUGAACCGCAAAUAUAUGAUACGGAUCGGCACAGGUUCGCUUCUAAAAAAACAAAGAAAUCUAAGCGAUCGUCUUUGUACAGGAUUAUCUUAAGAAUUGUCAAAAUCGAGAUUAUAAACGCUUUUUAACGCAAUAUAAAUUCCAAGUGACACUCGUUGUAAUAGUUCUGUCACAGUGUAUUCCGCCGCCUUUGUGUGCCUUUGCAAAUAUAGUCGAUCAGCAAUUUCUAUUAUUGUCCGGGAUUCUUUCAAUAACAGACGGUUAAAGUACAUUGUGUCAAAGCAGGAUCGUCCGUUUUUGCCCUUGACUGCGCCAAACGAAAAGGCUUUAUAGUUUGGUUUGAGAAAUUCCCCAACGUUUUUAGGAAACUGCAAAUUUCAUUCUGGGUAGUAUUCGUCUCAUUUGAUAAUUAUUACUUGAGAAAAUUUGCGGUUUUUAGAAAAGUUUUACUUGUCUUGUCGUGCCUAAUUAUUCUCUUACUUCCAAUUAAACCCUUUGGAUGGAUAGAGAAUGCAAAAUACUCAUAAAGCAUUGCACCCCACUGUGAUGACGUUUUAUCGUUUCAGAACGCCGAAAUUACUUCUCCAUAUAAAUUUUUAAUUUUUAUUGGAUACCCAUCUACCUAGGAGAUCG